AUUGAUAUACGUAUACAGAGAAGUGGAAAUGGCAUAUAAGGUGGAUCAUGAAUAUGAUUAUUUAUUCAAGAUUGUUUUGAUUGGAGAUUCAGGUGUUGGAAAAUCUAACAUACUUUCUAGAUUUACUCGAAAUGAAUUUUGUUUGGAAUCUAAAUCCACCAUUGGUGUUGAAUUUGCAACAAGGACCCUUCAGGUAGAAGGCAAGACAGUGAAGGCACAAAUAUGGGACACUGCAGGUCAAGAAAGGUAUAGAGCAAUUACAAGUGCUUAUUAUAGAGGAGCUGUUGGUGCACUUUUAGUGUACGACAUAACUAAAAGGCAAACAUUCGAGAACGUGACCCGCUGGCUCCGUGAGCUGCGGGACCACGCGGACUCGAAUAUUGUCAUAAUGUUGGCUGGUAACAAGUCAGAUUUGAACCACCUCAGAUCAAUCUCCGAGCAGGAUGCUCGGGGAUUGGUUGAGAAAGAAGGGCUCUCGUUCCUCGAGACAUCUGCUCUCGAGGCGUACAACGUUGAGAAAGCGUUCCAGACUAUUUUAUUGGACAUUUAUCAAAUUGUAAGCAGGAAAGCUCUGGCUGCUCAAGAAGCAGCUGCUAUUCCUGGACAAGGCACUGCUAUUAAUGUUGGAGAGUAUUCUGGUAACAAUAACAAGAGACCAUGUUGUUCUAAUUAAAUUUAAAAAAAAAAAGAUUUUUGGGUGUCUGAAAAAUGGUAUAUAGAUAUAUUAUAGGUUACUUAUAAAAUGUUGUAAUCUAUAUUAGUACAAGUGAUGAUGAGGUUGAAAAUGGUGUACUAAUACUUUUCUUGGCUUUUUUUUUUUUUAUUACUCUGAUGAAAGAAAUAUGAUUUUG